AUGGAGCCGAUGUGGAACUCCUCCCACCCACCUCCACAGUUCAUGUCCAACAUGUCUGCCUCCUCUCUGCCCGAGGGCUGGGCUCUGUCCCAGUCACUAGCCCUGCUGGCCAUGCUGCUCAUGGAUCUGUUGGCUGUGGUGGGUAAUGUGGCUGUCAUGGCGGUCAUUGCCAAGGCCCCACAGCUCCACAAGUUUGCCUUUGUUUUCCACCUGUGUGUGGUGGAUCUGCUGGCAGCCCUGGUGCUGAUGCCCCUUGGCAUGCUCUCAAGCCGAGCGUUCUUCGGGGAGGCCCUGUGCCGGAGCUACCUCUUCCUCAGUGUGUGCCUGGUCAGCGCUGCCAUCCUCUCUAUCUCCGUCAUCAACGUGGAGCGUUAUUACUACAUCAUACAUCCAAUGCGCUAUGAAGUAAAGAUGACUGUUGGCCUGGUAGCAUCUGUGCUGGUGGGAAUAUGGGUCAAAGCCCUGGCCAUGUCUGCUCUGCCACUGCUUGCUUGGUUCCUGCAAGGUGGAAGAACUCCUCUUCUGGAGAGUAGUGCGGUUGGAGGAGGUGGGGCUGUCCCACCUCCCCCUGCUCAGGGUCACAGGCGCUGCUCACUGCAUUGGACGGGGGGAGGGUCAAAUCGCUUGGCCUUUAUGGUCCUCUUUACUCUAGUGUAUUUCCUGUGUCCACUGCUAGUCAUUCUUGUUGUGUACUGCAAUGUGUUCAAAGUGGCUCGGGUAGCCGCCAUGCACCACGGCCCUCUGCCCACCUGGAUGGACACACCUCGUCGCCAACGGUCAGAGUCACUCAGCAGCCGUUCCACUAUGGUUACCAGCUCUGGGACGGGGACGGGGACAGGAAGAGCGACUCCACAGCGCCCCUUUGGGGGAGGAAAGGCUGCAGCAGUGUUGGCAGCAGUAGGUGGGCAGUUCCUCUGUUGCUGGCUGCCCUACUUUACUUUCCACCUGUAUUCAGCACUGGCUGCCAGCCCUCCAGCCACACUGGCCUCCCUGGAGGAAGUGGUCACCUGGAUUGGCUACUUCUGCUUCACCUCCAAUCCCUUCUUCUAUGGCUGUCUCAACAGACAGAUCCGGGAGGAGCUGGGUAAGCAUCUGCCUUGUCUGUUUCGGCGAACGGGGGUUGAGGUGGAGGACAGACUCCCCAGCCGUGAAGGAUCCAUAGAGGAGAAUUUCCUCCAGUUUCUUCAGGGCACUGGUUGCAACUUGGAUCCUCAAAACUCUCACAGCACCUCCAGCCCUAAGGGGGAGGCCUGCUGCCCCGUGGUUCAGUCCCAACCACCUGAGCCAGCACAGCCCAUACCCAUUGAUUUCCGUAUCCCAGGACAAAUUGCAGAGGAGACUUCAGAGUUUAUUGAGACUGAACAGGUGAAAAACAACCACAUAUACACAGACAAUUAA